AUGCAAAACCAUGUUGUCACAGUAAAGGGUCGAACCAAGCUUGCCAGAGAGACAGGUAUCGGCAGGGUAAAUCUCGACCUCAAUGCACUCGAACAACUCUUCAACUAUCGUCAGGAAGACGCUGCUGCCAUGCUGGGCAUUUCGAUGACAAGCUUGAAGAUUGCAUGCCGUCGCCUGGGCGUUAGCAGAUGGCCUUAUUCUAGAUCCCGCCAGACUGACGUCGAAAUUGAUCCUUCUGUCGUCGAACGAAGAGGUUCCAACUCCGCAAGUCCAGUCUCCCAAUCAGCAAGCUCUGCUGUUUCUCAGCUUCCUCUGUUUGAUGGGUCUGCCUCCUCAUCCAGACAAGUUGAACAGAUUCAUGCCGAAGUCAGCUCUCCGCAGUCACUCGCUGAUGACGAUGACGAUGACUCGGAAACGGCUCACCGUCCUGAGGCAGAGGACCAGAGUUGUUCCUCGGCAAGAGAGGAAGAGAAUUCUGAAGAAGGAAUGAGCUCGAUCGACAAGCAGUGGCUUGAUUGGUUCAUCCAGAGUGAUGACCAAAGUCCUGUCUUCGCAGACUCCUGUCAUGUUCCAGAGUUUGGUUUGCCACAGGUUGAAUUUCUUGGAUAUUAG